AAAAAGAACAGAUAAAACUGUCAGAAGCUGAGCCUGACUUUCGGAAGAUGCUUAACCUUGAGCGAAGGGUGGAUUGAGGAAAACACGGGAAGGGGUUGGGAGGAAAAUAAAGGAACGUGAGGGAGAUAUGCGAGCGAGAGGAGGGAGAGACAAGAGAUGACAGACAGUUGGCUUGCGAGUAUCGAACAGGCGACUUGGGAAGGCAGGAAAAUAGUCGCCAUGUCGCCUUUUGUCAUAUUCUUAAUUGGCCUCACUAUGGGAUCAUGUAGCAUGGGCAUGGAAGGUUACUUACUAAAUGAACAUCUAGACCUCCUGUUCAACGAUUGGAAGAGCCAAAUGUCGGUUUUACCUGAGUCUACCCUAGGAGACUUGGAAGACGUUCGUUUUCUUCUUUGGACCAGUGGCUUUCCUUCAUUUACCUUCAUGAUGAUCAGAACGCCAAUAUUGCACUUAAGUAGUUCGCUCUUUCUUUCAACUCUUACAGAAUUUCUGAAGAUAUCAGACAGCAACGUUAUUUCUGUGGAUUACAGAACGCUGGUGGUGUCUCCUUGGUACAAUUAUGCUGUGGAAAACGUGUACAGGGUGAGCAACUACACGGCCGCCACGUUGGACUGGAUGCAUGAACACGUGGGAUUUCAGGCAGAGGACGCACACUUGGUUGGCCAUUCGCUGGGCGCCCACACUGCUGGCCUCACCGCGAAAUAUAUCAAUGCAGGGAAAGUCGCCAGGGUUACAGAAAUGGGCCUACGUGUGAUUCCAUACUCGGCAUGGAACAGUCUCGAUCGCGGGUCUCGGGGAAUAACAAGCCACGACGUUAACCAUUCCUCCAUUCGGACGAUCUGCACUUAA